UACAUCGUUUCUGGAUCGUUCUCUUCCAUAUUUUCGCUGGUAUAUCGAAGAGAAAAUUAAUCCCAUACGAGAACAAAAAGUUACAUAGAAAGAUGCCACAGAAUGAAUAUAUUGAGAGGCACCGUAAACUUUACGGUCGCCGUUUGGAUUAUGAAGAGAGAAAGAGGAAGAGAGAGGCUCGUGCACCUCACAAGCGAGCGGAGCAAGCUCGUACUUUACGCGGGAUAAAGGCCAAGAUCUUCAAUAAAGAGAGGCGGAACGAAAAGAUUCAGAUGAAAAAGAAAAUUAAAGCACAUGAGGAGAAGAAGGUCAAAGAGAAAUCCGAUAAACUACCAGAUGGAGCGUUACCUGUCUAUCUGCUGGAUCGUAAUGUUACCAAUCGUGCCAAAGUAUUAUCCAAUAUGAUAAAGCAAAAACGCAAGGAAAAGGUUGGCAAAUGGGACGUUCCAAUCCCUAAAGUAAGAGCGCAGUCUGAAUCUGAAGUGUUCAAAGUAUUGCGAAGUGGAAAGACGAAACGAAAAUCAUGGAAAAGGAUGGUAACCAAAGUGACUUUCGUUGGAGAAAACUUCACGAGGAAACCACCCAAGUUUGAAAGAUUCAUCAGACCAAUGGCAUUGAGAUUUAAAACUGCCCACGUCACUCAUCCGGAAUUAAAGGCAACGUUUUCUCUGCCAAUAAUUGGUGUCAAAAAGAAUCCGAGUUCUCCUCUUUACACAACUUUAGGCGUCAUCACGAAAGGAACUGUUAUCGAAGUCAAUAUCUCGGAAUUAGGUCUUGUAACGCAGUCGGGCAAAGUGGUAUGGGGGAAAUUUGCGCAAGUUACAAAUAAUCCUGAGAAUGAUGGAUGUAUUAAUGCUGUUCUACUUGUGUAGAGAGCAAUAUAAACAAUAGCUUAUAAAUUUUUUUAAUUCUUAAGUGUUAUUUUAAUUCUUUAGUGACUGUAAUUUUUGA